AUGAAAAACAAGAUUUAAUUAAAAAAACAAACAAAAUUGUUUCAAUUAUUAAUUAUGUCUUUUUUAAGAUUUAUUUUAGCAAUUUUCUUCUUGGUUUCAAUUAAUUUUGGAGUAUCAAAUGCUCAUUAUAAAUUAACUCCUACAUUUUAUGAUUGCACUUGCCCAAAUGUCAUACACAUUGUACGUGAUGUUAUGGAGCAAAUUCAACGUAGAGAUGUUCGAGCUGGGGCCAAAAUUAUUCGUCUUCAUUUUCAUGAUUGCUUCGUUAACGGUUGUGAUGGAUCAAUUUUACUUAAUAAUGCAACUGGAAUUAUAAGUGAAAAAGAUGCAAAUCCAAAUGUUGGUGCUGGAGGAUUUGAUAUUGUUGAUGAAAUUAAAACCGCAUUGGAAAAUGAGUGCCCUGGCGUUGUUUCUUGUGCUGAUAUUUUAGCUCUUGCAUCUGAAAUCGGAGUUGUUUUGGCUGGAGGUCCAUCAUGGCAAGUUCCUUUAGGGAGAAGAGACAGCUUAACAGCAAACAGAAGUGGAGCUAAUAGUGAUAUCCCAAGCCCUACUGAAACCCUUGCUGUUAUGAUACCACAAUUCACUAGAAAGGGAAUGGAUUUAACUGAUCUUGUUGCUCUAUCAGGGGCACAUACAUUUGGAAGAGCAAGAUGUAGAACAUUCAAUCAAAGACUUUUCAACUUUAGUGGAAGUGGUAGACCUGAUCCAACCAUAGACUCUAAUUAUUUAAAAACAUUACAAAGACUUUGUCCACAAGGUGGAAAUGGUGGUACUUUUGCUAAUCUUGAUAAAUCAACUCCAGAUGAAUUUGAUAAUUAUUAUUUUACAAAUCUUAAAAAUCAUCAAGGGUUACUUCAAACUGAUCAAGAAUUGUUUUCUACAUCUGGAUCUAGUACAAUUUCAAUUGUGACUAAUUAUGCAAAUAAUCAACACAAGUUCUUUGAUGAUUUUGUUUGUUCAAUGAUUAAAUUGGGAAAUAUUAGUCCAUUAACAGGUACUAAUGGAGAGAUUAGGAAAGAUUGCAAGAGGAUUAAUUAAUGUAAUCCUAUUUAAUUCUAUGUAUGUAUGUAUGUUAUUUAUGUAAAUGUAAUGUGUGAUGAAACUCCCGUAAAGAUAGGAGUAAAGUUUACGUACGUUUUAUUCUGGUUGUUUGUCGUAAUGUGUGGUGAAAUAACAAUGUUCCUAAAUAAGACAAUGUUAUUUGCUAAAAUAAAAAUUCCAAUAAUGAUGUUUUACCAUCUAUU